CCUGAAGUCUGUCUCGAGCAAUUCUUGCUUCUAUCACCUCAGCUCGAUUCAGCUCUUCAAUCAGAAAUGGCGGAAGCUUGUUGAAUCCGCGYAGAAUUUCGGGGUCAAAUUGUUGGCAAACGCCUGCUGAGCUUUCCACUGCUCGAUUGCUUCUGCUGUGAAUUUCCUUAUGGUUAUGGUGGCAGUGUCACUCGGUGGUUGAACUUGAAUGUUCGUUUUUAGCUAGAUAUAUUGUUUCAUACGGCGGUUCCGGUCGUACCGUUGGGUUUCGAUUUCGAUUGAGUUUUUUUUUUUUCUCAAACGACGAGGAAGAGAAAUGGCGGCGCGAAGUGAAUUGAUUCUUCAGUUGAUGAGUUUGACCCUGACGAUUCAUCUACUGGCUGUAUCCGGCGAGUUUUUCAAGCCGUUCAAUGUAAGCUACGACCACAGGUCUUUGAUCAUUGAUGGAAACCGCCGUAUGCUUAUCUCCGCUGGUAUUCAUUAUCCUCGCGCUACUCCGGAGAUGUGGCCUAAUCUUAUUGAGAAGAGCAAGGAAGGUGGGGCGGACGUCAUACAAUCUUACGUGUUUUGGAAUGGGCAUGAACCAACGAGGAGACAGUAUAACUUUGAUGGGAGAUAUGAUCUCGUCAAAUUUGUGAGGCUGGUAGGAUCCAGUGGACUCUACCUUCAUUUACGCAUUGGACCGUACGUGUGUGCAGAGUGGAAUUUUGGGGGUUUCCCUUUGUGGUUGCGAGAUGUACCGGGAAUUGAAUUUCGAACCAACAAUGCUCCUUUCAAGGAGGAGAUGCAGAGAUUUGUCAAAAAGAUAGUGGACAUUUUACUUAGUGAAAGGCUAUUUUGUUGGCAAGGUGGUCCUGUCAUCAUGUUGCAGGUUGAAAAUGAAUAUGGAAAUAUUGAUAGCUCAUAUGGAAAGAGAGGGAAGGAAUAUAUUAAAUGGGCUGCCAAGAUGGCUCUAGGCCUUGGUGCUGGAGUUCCAUGGGUCAUGUGCCAGCAAAAGGACGCUCCAUCAACCAUUAUAAAUUCAUGUAAUGGUUACUACUGUGACGGUUUUAAGGCAAAUUCUCCCAGCAAACCAGCACUUUGGACAGAAAAUUGGGAUGGAUGGUUUACAUCAUGGGGCGAAAGAGUACCCCAUAGACCAGUUGAAGAUCUUGCAUUUUCUGUUGCACGAUUCUUCCAGCGCCAAGGGAGCUUUCAGAAUUAUUAUAUGUAUUUUGGUGGAACAAAUUUUGGCCGUACAGCUGGAGGCCCAUUUUAUAUUACUAGCUAUGAUUAUGACUCUCCAAUUGAUGAGUAUGGUUUGCUGAGAGAGCCCAAAUGGGGGCACUUGAAGGAUCUACAUACUGCAUUGAAGCUCUGUGAACCUGCUUUGGUGUCUGCCGAAUCGCCCCAUUAUAUUAAGUUGGGACCUAAGCAGGAGGCGCAUGUAUACCGUAUGAAUGCUCAAACUGAUGAGCUUAAACUUUCCGAGCAUGGAAGACUAACCAAUUGUUCUGCAUUUCUUGCAAACAUUGACGAACAUAAUGCAGCUACUGUAACAUUUAACGGGCAAACUUAUAACUUACCACCAUGGUCGGUUAGUAUUUUACCAGACUGCCGGAACACGGUGUUCAAUACUGCAAAGGUUGCAGCACAGACUUCCAUCAACUUAUUGGAGUUUGAUGUGCCCUUUUCUCCUAACAUUUCUUUGAAGUUACAUGCUAUGCGUCAGAAUGAACUUUCAAUAAUUGGGAAUUCUUGGAUGGUGGUAAAAGAACCUAUAGGCAUUUGGAGUGGCAAAAAUUUCACCGUCAAGGGUAUACUGGAGCAUUUAAAUGUUACAAAAGAUAAUUCUGAUUACCUUUGGUAUUUGACCAGGAUACACGUCUCCAAGGAUGAUAUCGCAUUUUGGGAAGAAAGAAAUGUUACCCCAACAGUUAUGAUUGAUAGUGUUCGUGAUGUGUUUCGUGUAUUCGUUAAUGGGAAGAUUGCAGGCAGCAUAUUCGGUCAAUGGGUGAAGGUUGUCCAGCCUGUUCAGUUUCUUGAAGGAGACAAUGAUUUGCUGUUGCUAUCUGAGACAGUGGGUUUACAGAACUCUGGUGCCUUCAUUGAGAAAGAUGGGGCAGGGAUCAGAGGCCGUAUAAAGCUCACUGGAUUCAGAAAUGGGGAUAUAGAUCUCUCAGAGUCCUUAUGGACCUAUCAGGUUGGACUCAAGGGCGAAUAUUUGAAUUUCUAUUCAUUGGAAGAAAAUGAGAAGGCCGGAUGGACUGAUUUGACAGUUGAUGCAAUUCCAUCAACAUUCACCUGGUACAAGGCGUACUUCAGUCCACCUGAUGGAACCGACCCCGUCGCCAUUAAUCUAGGAAGCAUGGGAAAGGGGCAGGCUUGGGUCAAUGGUCAUCAUAUAGGUAGAUACUGGACUCUGGUUGCCCCAAAAGAUGGCUGUGCCAAAAAAUGCGACUAUCGCGGGGCUUAUAAUUCGGCCAAGUGUACAAAAAAUUGCGGAAGACCUACACAAACCUGGUAUCACAUUCCGCGAUCGUGGUUAAAGGAAUCGAACAAUUUACUUGUUCUCUUCGAGGAAACUGGAGGAAAUCCGCUCGAGAUUGCGAUAAAGUUGCAUUCAACUGGAGUUAUCUGUGCUCAAGUCUCGGAGUCCCACUAUCCACCUCUCAGGAAAUGGUCUGCUGAUUAUAUAGCUGAUGGAGAAACUCUCUCAAAUAGUUCAAACCCGGAAAUGUUGUUGCAUUGUGAUGAUGGCCAUGUAAUUUCCUCCAUUGAAUUUGCUAGCUAUGGAACUCCUCGAGGAAGUUGCAGGAAGUUCUCAAGAGGCCGCUGUCAUUCAACAAAUUCUUUGCCUGUUGUUUCCAAGGCUUGCUUAGGGAAAAACAGUUGCACCGUUGAAGUUUCAAAUCUUGCAUUUGGAGGUGAUCCAUGCCAUAGCACUGUGAAAACGCUUGCGGUUGAGGCUCGGUGUUGCACAUCGUUGGAUGUUCAUAUCUCCACACGACACUAAAAGCAGUUGCUCUUGGUAACAUAGCUGCUCAAGUCUCUUUAUGUAUGUGUUUGUGUAUAUCCUAUUCUGCCACUCUGUUGUGUACCUAAUUCGUCGAUGUCAAAUUCGUUGUAAAUGUAUGAUUAUACAAGAUUUUAGAACCAAAAAAAAAAAAAAACUGUUUGG